GUAUCCUUUCGGGACACGUGGACGGCAUUACAUAUAUCGACUCUAAGAAUGAUGGCCGACAUCUUAUUACCAAUAGUAAGGAUCAGACAAUCAAACUCUGGGAUAUGAGAUGUUUUUCGCCACAAAUUGGUUCUGAGGCCACACGAAGAGCUGUUUCCAAACAGAAUUGGGACUAUCGAUGGCAGGCUAUCCCCAGAAAAUUAUUGACGAACCGAAAGAAGAUUGAAGGCGACACUUCCCUUAUGACAUAUAUGGGCCAUUCUGUUCUUCAAACUCUUAUUCGGUGUCACUUCUCUCCCGAAUGGAGUACUGGUCAGCGGUAUAUAUAUACGGGCUGUUCGUCUGGAAAGGUAGUCAUAUACGAUGUGUUGACGGGAAAAAUUGUCAAAACUCUGAGCGGACAUAAAGGCUGUGUCAGAGAUGUCUCCUUCCAUCCGUACGAUAUGACACUCAUGUCUUCGAGCUGGGACGGGACUAUAAUCAAGUGGUUUUACGCGGACGAUAACGAUAGCGAAACGGACACCGACUCCGAGUUCUGUCUGUCGACUGGUUUGAGGCGAUCCAAGAGAUUGGCUGAAAAGAGGAGAAAAACUCAAGAAUAAUGAGUUGUUUGUUAUCUUCUAAAUUCUAUACUUUUUUGGUAAUUGUUUUAGUAAUAAUCAAAUUUUGAAAGCAAUAUUUCUUUUGUGUAAAAUAUGUAAAUCAAUGAUUAAAUUGAAAUAAAUAAACUAUUUUAUCGGAUAA